UGCGACCAGUGGGCGGUUGGGUGAGGAAGACAGGACACAGACACGCUGUGGGAGAGAGAGGUUGUAAACAAACUUAUAGCAGCAUCUGUAUAUAAUGUUUUUAUAACAAAAAAUCUGUUUCUCACAGCCAAAGCAGAAAACAAAGAACCACAUGAAACAGAAAUAAGAUAAAGCAAACAGGUGUGGGUUAAUCACAAAGGUGUGGGCCCUGAAGUUGGAGCCACUGACACCUGUGGCUGUGAGAAGGGCUAUUAAAUCCACCAGUGAUGGGCAGAUGUAAUCCAGACAGUCACGUUGGUGUAGAGGCCCGACUUCGUGUUCAUGAAUGUGACCGCGGUUCUGAGGUCCAGCGGAGCUCUUCGUACUGAAACUCUGAGUCAUGUUUUUACUUUUGUUUUCACAUUUGGGGAAUCCCCGCUCAGGUUUUACUUUCAUUUGGUGUCUGUCCAGGUACUUUCAUACCAUACAGCUUGUUUAGUCAGCCAAUCAGAGACCUGCAGCAUGUUGGCGUGCCACGACUAAAGGUCUAUCCUGUCCUAUUCUAUUCUAUUCUAUUCUACAGGCUUCACAGGGUCAGAGUGGACGUUUUGGAGCAGCUUUUCAAAAUACCGAAGAUAAGCCAAGAGUCUGUAUUUAUGUACCUGAGAUCUGAGCCACAUGCUGUCGAUUAUUGACCACAGGAAGCACCUGAAGGACAAUGUUAAAGACAGUCAAACGUCCCUGAGGAGAUGGACAGAAACGAGGAACUGAACAAAUUGUUUCAGAGGUUAUUUACACACUGGAGAGCAGACAGACUGAGGAGCUGUGAUGAAAGGCAAAGAUUGACAAAGCUGGCAAUGAGAAGCUGCACAGAUGAAGUCGUCCUGCUGUGGCUGAGAAAAAACUCAGAGUCUGACGCCUUCAGCAAACUCACAGACAUGUUUGACUUCCUGAAGAAACUCAUUGAUGAGGAGGAGAAGAAGAACCACAGUGAUGAUGUUCACAUCACCUUUAUGGCUCAUGGAGCAAUCAGAGACUUCAUGAUCCCAGCCAGCUGUUACCUGCCUCUGCCCACCAUCACUGACGUGCUCCUGUAUUCUCCCUGGAACUGCGUCAGUGCUGGUUUAGAGUAUGGGAUCGCUACAGGAAAACUGAGGCCUCAGCACAGAGUUUUUUCCUGCAACGAUAAAGAAAGCUGUACCAUUCCUGAUGACAAACAUCGACCUGUGAACCUGCCAGAUCACUGGAACUCACUGAAGAAAGCUGGAGCACAGAUGGUCCCAAACAUCACGGUUAGCCCUCUUCGAGAUGGAGAGUUGGAAUACUUUGAGUAUCUCUCAGCUAAACAUGGACCACCAGGAAGGAACCGCAUCGUCAUCCCGUUCAUCGUCCCAGGACGGGAAUAUGAAAGCGUCCCGUUCUCUGUGGUGACCUUGGCUCUGUCCCUGGUGCUCCUCUCCUCCAGGUUUAAAGCCACUCUUCACUUCGAUGGUUGUCUCAGAGAUCACUCUACUGGACCGAAAUUUGACAGGAAGUAUCUUCAGGAGCAGUAUGCCUGCACCAUCGACAACAGCAGGAUGACACACUCACCUGAAGCUUUCAACGAUGAUAAAUGCUGCCUGUGUUAGACAUGUUUGUAGACAUUUUAGUGUAAAGAUGAAGAUGAAAUGAUAAAAGUAUUGUUUCCAUAUUUGAGGCUCAGAUUUAGGAUGAAUGGACUUGAAUCCUCAUUUAGAAAUGUUCCAGCUCAUAAUCUGAUCAUAAUCUGCUAACAUCUGUGGAGGUUAUUAAUAUAAACAGACCCACCUGUUCUCUGCUCGCUGCUCACAGGUGACGUGAUACUGAUGUCAGACCUUCAACCAGCACACACACAGAUCAUUGACAUGAAGCAUAUAGAUUAUUUAUGCACAUUAUGUAUUAUGCAAUAUUUUGAUCUUUUAUUGCUUUAUGUUGGGCUUUUAGAUCCGUACUUGGGUAGAACAAUAAGUUAUGAGCCACAACUUUAACUCAGACUCUGAACUGUGUCACGUUCCAAACAUAGAAGUAACACAAGUCUACAAGUUGUACAUCUAUAUUUUCAUGCCUACAGACUUGGUAAUUGUUUCUGAUCUUUUGUUAUUGUAAAGCAUUAAAAUGUGAAGAUGA